CGUACAUCCACAGUUUCGUAUUUCAGAUUUGUAAUUUCACCACACAUAAGCGAAGAGGAAAGGAUGUGGAGGCUGAGGAUAGGAAAAGGAGGGGGUGAUCCUAACUUGUUCAGCACAAACAACUUCGUCGGCCGGCAAACUUGGGAGUUCGAUCCCGGUGCAGGCUCUCCUCACGAGCUGGCCGAGAUCGAGCAAGCCCGGAGAAAAUUCUCAAAGGAUCGGUCUGAAUUCAAGGCUAGUGCUGAUCUCCUCUGGCGGAUACAGUUUCUAAGGGAGAAAAACUUCGAGCAAAAGAUUCCACGGGUGAAGGUUGAAGAUGCCGAGAAAAUCACGCAUGAUGUAGCCGAAACGGCGCUUAGAAGAGGGGUUCACUACUUGGCGGCCCUGCAAGCCGGUGAUGGACACUGGCCUGCAGAGAAUUCGGGACCUUUGUUCUUCCUCCCACCUUUUGUUAUAUGCCUCUACAUUACCGGGCAUAUGGAGCAGAUCUUCUCUCCUAUGCAUCGCCAAGAGAUCUUACGUUACAUACACAACCAUCAGAAUGAAGAUGGUGGGUGGGGAAUAGCUGUUGUAGGCGACAGUGUUAUGUACUGUACUGUUCUUAAUUACAUCUGUAUGCGAAUUCUCGGGGUGGCACCUGAUGAAGAUGCUUGCGUGAGAGCUCGGAAAUGGAUUCUAGACCAUGGUGGCGCGACAUACACACCACUUAUCGGAAAAGCUUGGCUCUCGAUUCUUGGAGUGUAUGAAUGGUUAGGCUGCAAACCGAUGCCACCUGAGUUCUGGAGUCUUCCUUCGUUUUCUCCUAUCAAUGGAGGUACAAUUUGGAUAUAUUCCCGGAUCGUCUUCUUGCCCAUGUCAUACUUAUAUGGUCGAAGAUUUGUCGCUUCCCCGACUCAUCUCAUUCUACAGCUUCGGGAAGAGCUUUAUCCACAGUCCUACGAUAAAAUUGACUGGAAGAACAUGCGCCAUCGAUGUGCAAAGGAAGAUCUCUACUGCCCUCACUCCUAUGCACAGGAACUCCUGUGGGACAGUGUUUAUAUUCUAACCGAGCCUUUUCUAACCCGUUGGCCCUUCAACAAGUUGAUACGACAAAGGGCUCUUCAAACGACAAUGGACAUCAUUCAUGAUGAAGAUAAAAAUGGCCGAUACUUGACGGGCGGAUGCACGGGAAAGCCUUUGUUUAUGCUUGCCGCUUGGGCGGAAGAUCCGAAUAGCGAUAGUUUUCAGAAACAUCUUGCUCGAGUCCCGGAUUUCAUUUGGAUGGGAGAAGAUGGAAUGAAAAUCCAGACAAUUGGUAGUCAAAUAUGGGAGACGGCUUUAACGCUUCAAGUCUUGCUAGCAACUGAUUAUGCAGAAGAACUGAAAGAAACCCUAAUAAAAGGAUAUGAAUUCUUCAAGAAAUCUCAGAUCACAGAGGAUUCUUCGGGAAAAUAUCCAGCAAUCUUCCGUCGCAUCACGAAAGGCACGUGGACAUUUUCGUGCCGAGAUGAUGGAUGGCCGGUUUCUGAUUGUACCGCAGAAAGCUUGAAGUGUUGCUUAAUCUUCUCGGCCAUGCCAUUCGAGAUCAUCGGCGAAAAAAUGAAACGAGAGAGACUAUAUGAUGCUGUUGAUUCAAUUCUCUUGCUACAGAGCAAAAACGGAGGCAUGCCAGUGUGGGAGCGAGCGAAAGGGAAACCAUGGAUGGAGCGCCUCAAUCCAGUGGAGUUCAUAGAAGAUGCAACUUUAGAACACGAGUUUGUCGAAUGCACAUCCUCAGCAGUUGUGGCGUUUGUCCUUUUCAAGAAAUUGUUUCCAAACCACAAAGAGAAAGAGGUUAAAGGGUUCAUUAGAAAUGCAGUUAAGUACAUCGAAGACAAGCAAUUGCCCGAUGGUUCUUGGUACGGGAAUUGGGGUAUAUGCUUCUGUUACGCUACGUGGUUUGCCAUGCGUGGACUCGUUGCUUCUGGUAAGACUUACCAAAACUCUGCAGCUAUUCGCAAGGCGGUUCAGUUUCUUCUCGACAAUCAAAACCCGGAUGGCGGUUGGGGUGAGAGUCAUCUUUCUUGCCCCAACAAGAAAUACAUUCCUCUUGCUGGAAACAAGUCUAAUGUGGUGAAUACCGGUCAAGCAAUGAUGAGUUUGGUUCUUGCUGGUCAGAUGGAGAGAGACCCCACCCCGGUUCAUCGUGCAGCUAAAGUGUUGAUCAAUUCACAGCUGGAAAACGGAGAUUUCCCGCAAGAGGAGAUUAUUGGGGUUAUGAAAAUGAAUGUAAUGCUCAACUUUCCGAGCUACAGGAACAUUUUUCCGCUAUGGGCGCUCGCAGAAUACUCCAAUCGCCUACGAUUCAUGCGUUCGAGUUCUGAUUCAGGUCAAAGCGAAUGAAAUCGACCAAGAAAAUGUUGUGUUUCAUGUUAUGUUCCUCCAGUGUUGGAGAUGAACUUGUGUUGUUUUGUAUUAUGUAAACGAGAAUAAAAAAAAGGUUGUGUGGAUGUAUACAGAUUAUCCAUUCAUCAAAAUCAUUA